GUGAAGGAGGGGCUGUUGCUGAAGCAGACGAGCUCCUUCCAGAGGUGGAAGAGGCGAUACUUCAAGCUGCGGGGCAGGACGCUCUAUUACGCCAAGGAUGCCAAGUCCCUGAUCUUCGACGAGGUGGACCUGUCCGAUGCCAGCGUGGCUGAGACCAGCACCAAGAACAUCAACAACAGUUUCACGGUGAUCACGCCGUUCCGGAAGCUCAUCCUAUGUGCAGAGAACCGGAAGGAGAUGGAGGACUGGAUCAGUGCCCUGAAAUCUGUCCAGAAGUGGGAGAUCCAUGAGGCCACGCAGUUCAACAUGGAGCACUUCUCGGGCAUGCACAACUGGUAUGCCUGCUCCCACGCCCGCCCCACCUUCUGCAACGUGUGCCGUGAAGCCCUCCCGGGGGUCACCUCCCAUGGCCUCUCCUGCGAAGUCUGCAAGUUCAAGGCACACAAGCGCUGUGCUGUCAGAGCCACCAACAACUGCAAGUGGACGACCCUGGCCUCCAUCGGCACUGAAAUCAUUGAGGAUGAGGAUGGGGUGACCAUGCCCCACCAGUGGCUGGAGGGGAUCAGCGCGCGCUGUGCCGUCUGUGACCGGACCUGCGGCAGCGUCCGGAGGCUUCAGGACUGGCGGUGUCUCUGGUGCAAGGCCAUCGUUCACAGUGCCUGCAAGGAGCUCUUUGGCAAGAGGUGCCCCCUGGGCCAGUACAAAGUGUCCAUCAUCCCGCCGACCGCCUUGAACAGCAUCGAUUCGGAUGGUUUCUGGAAGGCCACCUGCCCCUCAACCUGCUCCAGCCCUCUCCUGGCCUUCGUCAACUCCAAGAGUGGGGACAACCAGGGUGUCAAGUUUCUGCGCAAGUUCAAGCAGUUCCUCAACCCAGCCCAAGUGUUUGACCUCAUGAAUGGGGGCCCGCACCUGGGGCUGCGCCUUUUCCAGAAGUUCUCCACCUUCCGGAUCCUGGUGUGCGGGGGGGACGGCAGCGUGGGCUGGGUGCUCUCCGAGAUUGAUGCCCUUGGCCUCCACAAGCAAGUGAGUGGGAGUGCCUGGCAUCGCCGGUGCAAGCUGGCACUGUCCCCAGUGCUGGCGCCCGCCGCAGCUGGGAGCCCCACUCUGUGGGCNNNNCUGUGUGACGAUGACACCCAGCUGCUGCAGAUCCUGGAGAAGCUGGAAAGGGCCACCACCAAGAUGCUGGACCGGUGGAGUGUCCUGACCUACGAGGCCCCCAAGCAGUCCCCCCCAGCCCUGAAGGAGGAGGAGAAUGGGGACUCUAACAUCCAGGCCCAGAUCUCCCACUAUGCUGACUCUGUUGCCUUCCACCUGGCCAAGAUCCUGGAGUCGGACAAGCACUCGGUGGUGAUCUCCUCUGCAAAGUUCCUCUGCGGCACCGUCAAUGACUUUGUGGCUGAAGUCGGCCGGGCUUACAAGAGGGCAACGGAGAACAAGCAGGAGGCUGAGCUGAUGGCACGGAAGUGUGCCAUGCUGAACGAGAAGCUGGACUCGCUGGUGAGGGAGCUGACCGAGGAGGCUCAGGCCAUCGUGGUCCCCGAGGGAAUGGCGCAGGCCACCCCUGCCGACGCCAAGGACCAGGAGAAAGGUGGCAGCUUCAACCCCAGCCCCGUGCCUCGAAUCUUCAAAUCCAAGGAGCAGCUCAUGCUGCGGGCAAACAGCCUGAAGAAAGCCCUGCGGCAAAUCAUUGAGCAGGCGGAGAAAGCUGUGGAUGAGCAGAACAAGCAGACCCAAGCCUACCGGGGCAGUGUGGGCCCGAGCAAGGACAGUUUGGAGGAGCUCAACAAGGAAGAGGAGAGGCUCAGCUCCCGGCAGGAGACAGUGACCUCCGCGUCUUCCUCCAUCGUCCUGGACCGGCCGGACACCUUUGGCAGCUUGCAGUUCCCUGAAGAUCCCAGCGCCCUCCACUUCUCAGAGAAAUGCGUCAUGAAUAACUACUUUGGCAUUGGCCUGGAUGCGAAGAUCUCCCUGGAGUUCAACAACAAACGGGAUGAGCACCCCAAGAAGUGCAGUAGCCGCACCAAGAACAUGAUGUGGUACGGGGUGCUGGGCACAAAGGAGCUCCUGCAGCGCACCUACAAGAACCUGGAGCAGCGGGUGCAGCUGGAGUGCGAUGGGGUGCCCAUCUCGCUGCCCAGCCUCCAGGGCAUCGCUGUCCUCAACAUCCCCAGCUACGCUGGGGGCAUCAACUUCUGGGGAGGCACCAAGGAGGACAAUAACUUUGGGGCUCCAUCCUUUGAUGACAAGAAGCUGGAAGUGGUGGCUGUCUUUGGCAGCAUCCAGAUGGCAGUGUCACGGGUCAUCAACCUCCAGCACCACCGCAUUGCGCAGUGCCGUGUGGUGAAGAUCACCAUCCGGGGGGAUGAGGGCGUCCCCGUGCAGGUGGAUGGAGAAGCCUGGAUCCAGCCACCCGGCAUCAUCAAGAUCCAGCACAAGAACCGAGCCCAGAUGCUGACAAGGGACCGGGCAUUUGAAAGCACCCUCAAGUCCUGGGAGGACAAGCAGAAGGGGGAGAGCUACCGAGCGGCUGCCCGGCCCCGGCUCAGCUCCCAGCAGUCCAUGGAGUACCUGACUGAGGAGGAGAGCAGCCUCUUGCAGCAGGUCUCGCGAGUCGCCGAGACCCUCAUCGCCAGGAUCCACGAGGCAGCCAAGGCUCACAAAGCCAUGGAGCAGGAGCUGGCACAUGCUGUCAACACCAGCUCCCUGGCACUGAGCGAAGCCCUCUCCAACAAAGCUGCUGGCACCUCAGAGGUGAUUUCUCAAGUGGAGGUGGUGCUGAGCAUCAAGGAGCUGUAUGCUGAGACCAGGGCGUUCCUGGAAGGGAAGGCGCUGGACUCGCCCCAGGAGGAGGAGGCACUGCAUGGGCCACUGAGCGUGCUGGGCCAGGAGCUGCAGAGGCUGCUGGACAUCCACUGGCUGGGGCCCAUUGCCCACCCUGCUGAGGAGGAAAGCACGGGUAGCGCCAACAAGGGCAGCUUCAAGCUUCGCCUCAACAUCCCCAAGCCCAGGAAGGACAAGGACAAGGUGCAAAAGCAGAAGGCCAACAGCGUGCUCCCAGGACCUGGGGAUCACCAAAGUGGGACACAUGAAGAGAAUCCUCCAGGCCAUUAA